GAAACACACAAGCUAUAGCCUUCGCUUCCGCAGGCCACCACUAUGCCUUUACACCUUAGUGGCGAAUGCAGACCUCACGACACAAGUGAGUCAGGGGAGAGGAGGCGUCAUUUAGGGUGAGUGCAUCGGAGUACAAGAGAUGAAAGGAAAGUCUGCACUUUCGAGAUUUCAGCAAUGGAUAUCACGCCACAAAGUCCGAAAGGUGGAGCAGCCAGAUUUCGCAACAGUGGAGUAAGCUUGGUGAAUCUGAAGGAAUCGUGGCGCUUCUACGAGGAGCUGAAGAAGUAUCUGUCUGAGGAUGUGGAAGAGAAGCUAGCCAGGUCCAUUUGCGCCGAAGUGCUCGGCACGGACACGAACUUUCAGUCAAACAUCGAGGAUUACAUGUCCACGGCGUCCAUUAAGCGCCAUCACUUCCUCGAAGGCACCCUGUGUUUCUGGAUGUCCAAGGUGGAUGCAGCGCAAGCAACUGGCUACAGUUUGUUUGCAAUGCUGGAGAGUAUCGAUAAACGUGUUGCUAAGAGCUGCGAGCACUUUCUAAAGGACUCGCACAGGUGCUUGUAUGAUACUACCAGCACUGAAGUCUUCACAGAGCUGUGUAGUUUGAGCCGUACGGGGUUUGCAGCCAAUAUGCAGAGGUGAAAUUUUCUAUCACAAUGUCACCUACAUUAUCGUUGUAUCACUUGUGCCAGUGUGGGUGCUGAGUCUGGUGCCAGUGUUGGUGCUGAGUCUGGUGCAUGUCAGUGAGAGUAAUGCUUUGGUGCCAGUAUUGGUGAUGAGUUUUAUACCAGACACUCUUUGUCUGUUUCAGUCUACAGGGAUUUGGCUAGUGGUCAGUGAUAGUGAGUUAGGAAAGUAGUUGUUUGAUUACUACAGUUGUCAUGUCUCUCUCUAUGAAUAGUAUUCCUUUAAUAGGUACUUUGUGAACAGACUCGUUCUGCCAUGUCUACUUUGUAGUGAGAUGUACUGACAAUUGCUGAUUGCAUUGCUCCUCAUCACAGUGUGGCUGUCCAUUUCGGUCAGUAUCUUAAUGCUACUCUGGUGUUCCGUGUGUGCACAUGCAUACGCAUGUACAUGUGUGUGUGUAUGUAAUGUGUGUGUGUUUGUUUGUGUGUUUGCAUGUGGAUAUGCGUAUGUGUGUGUUCUUGUGUGUGCACGUG